AUGUUACAGCAAAAACAGCAUGUUACUCAGGCAAAUGAGCUUUAUAAACAGUAUAUUGUUUCUCAAGAACUUUCAUUCACUGGGAGUAUCACUGACGUUGGUGAGGUUAUUUUGUCUUUUAUAGUGACAGUUGCAGUCCUACCUUGGCAGCCUGGAUCAGGUGAAUACAGGGUUAUAAAUACAAAAUCAAAUAGGGAUAAUGCAGCAGUAGGUUUAAUAAUGAAUAAAAAAAUAGGAGUGCGGGUAAGCUACUACAAACACCAUAGUGAACGCAUUAUUGUGGUCAAGAUAGAAACGAAGCCCACACCUACUACAGUAGUACAAGUUUAUAUGCCAACUAGCUCUGCAAAUGAUGAACAAAUUGGUGAAAUGUAUGAUGAGAUAAAAGAAAUUAUUCAGGUAGUGAAGGGAGAUGAAAAUUUAAUAGUGAUGGGUGACUGGAAUUCGAGAGUACGAAAAGGGAGAGAAGGAAACAUAGUAGGUGAAUAUGGAUUGAGGGAAAGAAAUGAAAGAGAAAGCCGUCUGAAUCAUAGAAGAAGGUUGUACACAUGGAAGAAUCCUGGAAAUACUAGAAGGUAUCAGAUAGAUUAUAUAAUGGUAAGACAGAGAUUUAGGAACCAGGUAUUAAACUGUAAGACAUUUCCAGGGGCAGAUGUGGACUCUGACCACAAUCUAUUGGUUAUGAGCUGUAGAUUAAAACUGAAGAAACUGCAAAAAGAUGGGAAUUUAAGGAGAUGGGACCUGGACAAACUGAUAAAACCUGAGGUUGUACAGAUAGAAGAAUGGGUAGGUCUGAGGGAUGAAGUAGUGAAGGCAGCAGAGGAUCAAGUAGGUAAAAAGACAAGGGCUAGUAGAAAUCCUUGGGUAACAGAAGAAGUAUUGAAUUUAAUUGAUGAAAGGAGAAAAUAUAAAAAUGCCGUAAAUGAAGCAGGCAAAAAGGAAUACAAACGUCUAAAAAAUGAGAUCGACAGGAAGUGCGAAAUGGCUAAGCAGGGAUGGCUAGAGGACAAAUGUAAGGAUGUAGAGGCAUAUCUCACUACGGAUAAGAUAGAUACUGCCUACAGGAAAAUUGAAGAGACCUUUGGAGAAAAGAGAACCACUUGUACGAAUAUCAAGAGCUCAGAUGGAAACCCAGUUCUAAGCAAAGAAGGGAAAGCAGAACGGUGGAAGGAGUAUAUAGAGGGUCUAUACAAGGCCGACAUACUUGAGGAUAAUAUUCUGGAAAUGGAAGAGAAUGUAGAUGAAGACUAA